AUGGCAGGACAGCUUGGAAAACAAGAUGCAGCACCUUCUCCUGCUGUAAGGGGUGAAGCGGCAACAAAGGGCAGUCGCGGGCCAGCCAAGUCGACGUCCUCACCCACGUCAUCGCCACCUGCGUCUCCUCCCGCCAAGGUCAAUUCGCUCACACAACAAUUGCAGAGCACUAGCUUCUUCGACAAGCUUCCGUUUUCGUUCAAGAACGAUACUGAAAAGCGAGACUUUAUCCACGAGUCCGAAGUGCUCACCAAGCGGAUGGAGGAUCAGAAUUGGCUUGAGAUGCUCGAUCCGAAACACCGCUACGGCAGUAACCUCAAGCACUAUCAUCGCUACUGGAAUACCAAAGCCGACACCAAGCAGAACUUCCUGCUCUGGCUCGAUGAAGGCGAAGGCAAGGAUCUCAGCUUGGACGAGUGUCCAAGGUCCAAGCUCGAAGACGAAAGGAUCAGCUAUCUUACCGCAGACCAGCGACGCAACUACAUGACGUACAUCGACAAUGAAGGCGAAGCUCCGUCUCAAGGCCCCCUGGAGGAGUUUCGUGCGCAUCUCAAGUCGCAUCCUGGGAAAGGUCGUCUGCGCUGGUGUCGCACCGGUCAACUCGUCAGCACUUCCAAGUACGAUCACGGUGACCUCGGAAAGGGCAGGGGAGUUGCUCUGCGUGAGUCGCAGGAGUGGCAAGAUGCCAUCGCUUCCGGCGAAGUGUGCGAGGUCGUUCGCGAUGACAAAAUCAAGUUUCGCACCAUCAGCUCUGACGACUCAUCCGACAGCUUCACCUCGCAUUCGGGCUCGUCCGAUGAAGCCAAUUCCGAUCACGACGAUAAGCGACAGAGUCAAGUCCCUGCUGCAACGUCGGCAGACGACAACACUCGCGACUCCAAGGACGUCAUACACCCAGACGAAAAGCAACAGACUCGCAAAGAAAAGCUGCUUGAAAAGGCAAACCUGGGCCCGAAAUAUCUCAUCAAGCAAAAGCUCGGCUUGUAUGCGUCCGCAGAUCGUCAGCAGAUCGUCAAGGGCGACUCGGAGCAGGAUGUCGACCAGGAAGACAGUACAUCUCGUCCUGAUGCUCUCAUCCGCAGACGCAAAGCCGACACAUGGAUCUUUGUCGCCGAUGUUUCCUACAAUCUUUAUAUCGGGAUCAAGCAGCGUGGUCGCUUCCAGCAUUCUUCCCUUCUCGCCGGAUCACUCGUCACCGUCGCCGGCGUUCUCAAGGUCAAGGACGGCGUCAUCGUGUCCAUCUAUCCGUGGAGCGGACACUAUCGCUCAUCGUCUCACCAUUUCGAGGAGUUCAUCCGCCGAUUACAGCAACGCGGUCUCGACACAAGUCAGAUCAACGUGACCAAGAGCAAGUGGGUCAUCGAGGUGGUCAACAGGUACGGCAUGUACCGCAAGAGGAAAGACCGCAAGCUCAAGGAUAUUAAAGACAAGUUGAAUGAGGCGCUCAGCCCCCAUGCGUCGCCACAGCCCACCUCAUGA